AUGACCGACUCCGGCAAAGUCUACCACCGCUCAUGCACCGGACUAGCUCUCCAAACCGUCGAACAACAUGCUCAAGACCAAGACAUCACCCUCUUCGCAACCUGUUUUUCCCCACCCGUGCAACGUGUAUGGUCUGCGCUCGAAUAUCUUGAGAUUCCUUACAAAUAUUACGAAGUCGAUCCCCAUCAAAAGUCGCAAGAACUACUGAGCGUCUCGCCGAAAGGCCUAGUCCCAGCGCUCAUGCUUAAUACUUUCGAUUCGCCUCGUGCGCUAAACGAAAGCACCGUUAUCCUCGACUUUCUCGAAGAUAUCGCUGCGAAGUCAACACACAGAAGCCUCUUCCCGCCAUCAAAAGAUCCAUAUGCGAAAGCGCUCGUCCGGCUCCAAUCAGAUCAUAUCAACCGAACGCUCAUGCCUGCGUUUUACAGGUAUCUUCAAGCUCAAGGUCCAGAGGCGCAAAUUUCUGGAGGGAAAGAGUUUCACGCCGCCAUUCAAUCAUUAGUCAAGCUUUUCGAACGCGCGGAAAGAGAGGUAGGAGGAACAGGGCUCUGGGUUGAAGGUGGCGAUUUGGGAUGGGCGGACGUCAUGGUCGCACCAUGGCUAUUCAGAGCGUCUAAUGUGUUAAAACACUACCGCGGGUUUGAAAUGCCGCGAGGAACCAAAUUUGAAGCUUGGUUAGGGAGGCUUUUUGAGCAUCCUGCCUUUAAGAAGACUUGUAGUGAUGAAGAGGUGUAUCUGGACAGUUAUGAGCGAUAUGCAUUUAAUCGCCCGAACACGAGUCAGGUGGCUAAUGCGAUUAAUAACGGGAGGGGCUUACCUUAAGCGAGACAUGCAGAAAUCUAAUAACUCUGCACAGGAGUUUCUUGAGUUAUUGUAAAUAUAAAUGUAUAUACAAAGUGAAGAAAAUAGCGCUACGGGGUCUCAACUGUUUACGCUGCGGGAGAUGCAUCGAUGGAAGUUGGUCGGUGGGAGGUACUGAUUUUCCAAUCUAGGGGACGUCGAAAGCGUGAUACAUUGCAUAAUCAUUCGGGGCUUGCUGCUUAUCGUAGAGCUGUGAUU